CGGGCUGACAGUAACGUUGGGGCGACCGUACGGAAAACACACGUGUACGCGUUCUCGCGACGGAAACGUCGUUGUCGCUGGUGUUAUCGUCAUUCUGCUAGCUACGGGGAAACUCGAGGGAAAGUGCAAAGCCCUUUGUCUCGGAUCGAUCCAAGCGAUUUCCAAGUACCGUUGCGGUCGAUAAAAAUGAAAAAAAGCGGAACGGAACAGGUCGGGUCGCUGGUUCGUUGAAACGCGAUUUUUCCUUCCUACGCUUCUCGGGUAAACAGAUGGUUUAAUAUUCGAAAGGUUGGAUCGUGGUUCCACGCGUUGUAGUGUUUUGUACGGUGUUACCGAGAAAGAUUCUGCGAAGAUGCGGAUCGGUGACAGUGAAUCUUUGGAAUUUUUAUGUUUCGGUGUUUUCAAGGUUCCGCCCCUUUUCCGUAAUGGUUUUUAACAAAAAUAUAGUUUAUAUUUAUAAUUUAUAUACAUGUAGGUACAUCGCUUUUAGAUUUUCGAACGACGAGCCGUUGAAUUUUCAGCGUUCGUUUUCGUCUCAGUGCUUGUACAAAUUUUGCGAACGUUUUAAUAAGAAUCUGCUUCGCGGAAAGGCAAAUGACUUUAUUUGCGCCGAAAAUACAGAUCGCAAAAGAUAUAUUUAUAUCGACGUAAUUAUUAUAUAAAACGAAGAGAACGAUUUAGAGAGUAGAAUAAAAAUAAUUGAAACGACCAUCGUUCCAAACGAAUGCUGUUAUCUGGUGUAAUAAAGAUGUCAAGCAAAACUUUCCCAGAUCCGAAUAACAGUAGUACGUAACACACGUAUUUGUACAAUACAUGUAUAUCUCUCUCGAAUCGUGGAAUGACAACUAUAAAUAUAAAUAACUGUUUCAAAGUUUGAUAUAACGUGGAAUAGUCGAUCGAAAUGUUUAGCCUUACAAGUAAACGUAAUUUAUUCGACGCUUAUCUUUUGAAAAUGGAAGGGGAAAUACCAAACGCUUCUUCGUCUAUCCGUGGAAGAUAUAGUUUUAUAUAACGCUGAUAUUAUAUUCUCGAGUCUGAUGAUGGAAUAGCAAAAAUUUCGAAUCUUUCGAUUAGGAAAUAAACGAUGGAUCGAACGAAACGCAUCGACCCACAGAACGUAAUAAACGCUUGGAGAAAAGUGAUAACCCGGCCGAGGAAGGAAAAUGAAUUUACAUUAAAGCAAAUUUACUCGCGUUUCGUAGAAGAAAAGUCACAGUCGGUGGAAGAGACAUGCUGCGAAACGGAGCACGUUGGCUCUGUCUGCGUUCGUUGAUCAAUUCGAUCGUAUAACGUAUUAAUACGUCGGAGUCAUCGUAAAGGGUUAAUCGCAAUGUCCACGCCGGACGCGAUGAACACCAUCGACGAAGCGGAGCAGGCGUGGCACGAGAUGCUGGAGCGCGAGACCGGAUCGCUGUUAGACCGAGUCGCGGACCUCGAGAGGCAAUCCUUGGCGCAGAGGGACGAGAUAGUUUGUCUUCGAGCUACUCUGGCGGACGCGCUGAGGCGAAUUGCCCAGCUGGAAGGACGCGAGAAAAGAGAGGAUGAGAGAAACGAGAGGAGAAACGAAAGAAUAGUGUCCUCGCCCUUAAGGAACGGUCAUGUAUCGCUUAGAAGUAAUCAAAAUUCAACACCCCAGAAAGACAUACGUUUACGACAAACUGGCAGCUCUUGUCUGAGGAAUUCGUCUUCGUCGGGAUCUUCCCAGGAUAUUCGAGACUCGAUCUCCAGCCCACGGAGACCGGUCAGUUACACGCACUCGUCGCAACUUCCUCAACGAAGGUCAGUUCAUUACCAAUCAACGGGUUCGUUACACUCGGACAGUCCCAGUAGUAGUAGCGUUUCCCCGGUGCCAUCGCCGAGUCCUAGAGCCACGCCACUGCCAGUAGCCAGAGUAAUCCUGUUAUUCGAUAGAUCGCCGACAGCGAGAUCGAACGGGCCACCGCAAAGCAGCUUAAGAAGGGCGAAACGGUGGUCGUCGACAGGGGACUUUACGCAUUCCCCGCAAAAUCAGGGAAGCAAUUCGCAACUUGUCAGUAACAGAUUCUCAGCCUCCACCAAGUCUCUGUUCAACCUCUUCAAGCCACCGGCGCUGAACAACGUGAAACACGGUACCAGAGACAUGCAGUACAACGAGGAGGAAAGCACCGUCCGCAUGUACCUACGGGGUCGGCCCGUCGUCCUUUACGUCCCGACGCCUUUGAUGGAGUUGUACGACCUUCACAAAGUCAGCACACCGCCCCAGAGUAAACUAAAACUCGACUGGGUGUACGGUUACCGAGGCAGAGACUGUCGAAGUAAUCUGCAUCUGCUGCCAACCGGGGAAAUCGUUUAUUUCGUCGCGGCCGUAGUGGUCUUGUACAACAUGGAAGAGCAUAGCCAGAGGCACUACUUGGGUCAUACGGACGAUAUCAAGUGCAUAGCGAUCCACCCAAACAAACUCGUGGUCGCCACUGGUCAAGUGUGUGGAACCGACAGACGAGAUGCUAUGCCUCACAUAAGGAUAUGGAACUCGGUCAGUUUGACCACUCUUUGUGUGAUUGGUAACGGCGAGUUCGAUGGCUCGAUUUGUUGUCUCUCGUUCUCGAAAGCGGACGGUGGAAAUUACCUGUGCGCUAUCGACGAGACUUCUGAUCACAACAUUUCGAUCUGGGAUUGGCAGAAAGGAGAACGGGGUACCAAAGUGACGGAAACAAAGUGCUCGGUGGACACGGUGGUAUGCGCCGAAUGGCAUCCGCUGGAACGGAACCAGAUCGUGUCCUGCGGAAAGGGACACGUGUCCUUCUGGUCCCUCGAUAACGGUGGCAUGCUGUACAAACGGAUGGGCAUUUUCGAGAGCAGAGAAAAACCAAGAUACGUUACCUGCGUGGCUUUUAAUCAGAGCGGUGAUGUUCUUACUGGCGAUAGCAACGGUAACAUCAUCGUUUGGGGCAGAGGAACAAACACGAUUUCGAAGAUAGCGAGGAACAUUCACGAAGGAUCUAUAUUUUCGAUUUGCGUUUUGAAAGAUGGUUUUAUCGUCACCGGAGGUGGCAAAGAUGGCAAAAUAUUGUAUUUUGACGAAUCGUUAAACCUAACGGGGGAAGAAGCACAAAUCGAGGAUCACUUUGGCGGGAUUCGAACACUCGCGGAAGGCAGAGGUUCGCAGUUGCUGAUCGGAACAACCAGGAAUUGCAUUUUGGUCGGCGACGUGGGAAUGGGAUUUAGUCCGGCGAUGUUGGGACACGCGGAAGAAGUUUGGGGACUCGCGGCUCAUCCGACUUUACCGCAGUUUGCAACAGCAGGCCACGAUAGAUUGUUGCAAAUGUGGGAUAGUCUGAGUCACACUGUGGUCUGGAGCAAAGAUAUCGGGGAGCAAGCACAGAGCAUCGGAUUCACACCAGACGGUAACGUUAUGGUGGUCGGAUGCACUUCCGGAAAAUGGUUAGCGAUCGACAGUGAAACUCGAGAAUUAUACACUCAUCACAGCGAUGGGUCUGAACCUAUUCAGGUCGUUAGAUUUUCACCGGAUGGAACGCUAUUAGCUCUGGGUUCCAGAGACAACUAUAUUUAUGUUUAUCAGGUAAACGAAGACGCGGUCAAAUAUAGUCGAGUUGGACGAUGUAUGCCAAAGAGGAUACGCAGGCGUGGUGGACAUUCCAGUUUCAUAACUCAUUUGGAUUGGUCAAUGGACGGGCAAUAUUUACGUAGCAACAGCGGAGAUUAUGAACUGCUAUAUUGGAAUCCCGGAGUUUGUCGUCAGAUCCCACAACCAUCGAUGAUGAGGGACAUGGACUGGGCGAGUCACACCUGUGUAAUAUCCUUCGAAACGAUUGGGAUUUGGCCGGAAGGAGCCGAUGGUACAGACGUAAAUAAUUGUACCCGUAGCGGUGAUUCCAAGUUGCUCGCAACCGGCGACGACUUCGGAAAAGUCAAGUUGUUCUCUUAUCCCGCUUGUCAACCGAAGUCGCUGUGUCAUGCGUACGGUGGUCAUUCGAGUCACGUUACGAACGUAUCGUUCCUUCAAGACGAUACGCGACUAAUUUCCACUGGCGGAAGUGACACGAGCGUUCUUCAAUGGAUCGUAAAUUACUAACUCUGUUAACUACCAAUCGAGUCGAGUGGAAAACAGACAAACGGUGAAAGUACGAGGCACCACAAAAUAAUAGCAUUUCGGCAUAACCUGCCGAAUUUAGUGCAGGAACUCCGUGACCACUGUUCUCGUUGCUGGCUGAAGUAGGAGUGGAGAGAAACAAGCGGCGUCGGUUGCGACCGUGGAAAGGAAAACUCCUGGUUUAAAGAGAGAGGAACGGAAAAAAUGCCGCGUACAGUUAAAUAAUUUUACUCUUUAAGUGUCCUUCACGAAUCAAUGACUGAAAGUCAUGACGCUAAUUUCUUAUUAUUGUUAGUCACGAACGAUCUUGAUCCGUAAUUUUGCGCUGCGAAAACAAGACGACGUGAAAAUAUUAGUGAAAUCUUGUCAGCCAAUAUGGCGAACGAUGUAAUAGACUAUACUUGGUCAAUUAGUAUGUAAUAACGUAACAAAGUGUCUUUUCCAUAUUUCAUGUAUUUACAACUAUUUUUCGAACGCCGAAGCGCCGCCGACUUUACAAAUUUACGCGAGUGUUGGUCGUCUAGUAAUCGCUGACGAAACGCACCGUGAUCUUUUCCACGUAAACACACAAAUUGCACAGUUCGUACAUAAGUAGAUACAUACUUUCGUAUAAUUAGUAGCGAUAAAAUGAAGUUGAGUGACUUUCAACCGAUUCGAUGGGAAACGUCGACAUUCCAAUUGCUCGUGCCCGUAAAAAGCUAGGAUUAUCGUUAUCCUCUAGCCUGUGCAGCCACGUAAAUUCUAUUUCUUCUGAACGUUGGCUAUCACGCUACCAGCCACCACCCAACAAUGUGUUUAUUUUUCGCGAAUCGAUCGUCGUCGAUCUUAGUUACUGUAAGCUUAUUUUGUGGCGGUACGAGCCCUUAAAGCAAUUUUAAAUAGCGAGAGCCAAAAUAGAUCGAGCGAAGAGUAUGCAAUUGGGGAGAGCGAAAGAAAUUGCGAGAUAAUAGGAUAAACGAUUAAUCGGUUAAAUCGUUCAAAUUAUUGAAAUUGUUCUAUUUCGUCGGAAAAUCGUGGUACACACGUGGUGUAUUUAUGUUUGGUCUGCUACUAAUUCUUUUUCUUUUUUCUUCUUUUUCAGAAAUACGAUAUUUCUGUAAUGCAGGCUUUUUUUGUAAUGCUUCUGAAAAUAUGAAUAAAAACGUGGACGAAGAACGUCUUGAAUAUUAUCGAAUAA